ACCUCACGCACGGCUGGUCCCUCCACUUGCGCUCUCCAGUCUCACGCACGAGGUUCUUUAGCGCGUCAUGGCCGACGUGCCCUUCUGGCUUCUGACUCGUGCGGUUGCGCCCAGACAGACACCGGGCUCGCCGCCUCUCUCUCUCUCUCUCUCGUAAUCCUUUCCUUUUCUGGGCCUGAUACGGGAGCCAGAUCCGGAUGGACCAGCCCCCGGCGAGGCGCCGGGACCGCCGAUGGCGGCGGCGGGGGGUGGGGGGAGCGCCGCUGCAGCCGCGGCACCGGGGGCUGCUGGUGCGGACGUGCUGGCCGUGGAGCAGGGAAGCGCGGCGGCCACGACAGCCCAGGUAGCUGCGGGCGGCGCCGCGACGCCGGCGAGGCGCAGGAACCGGCGGAGGUCUCGGAGGCGGCGUGAUCGGAGUGCCGGCGAGGCCGCGGUGGCCGCGUCGGAGAAGACGGAAGCUCCCGUUUCAGAUGCCAUUUCAACUCAAGGAGGUUCAGCUCUGCAAGCAAGGUGUCAUCUGGAAGCAGUGGCAGAACAUUUGAGCGACAGUGGGCUGCAGACUACAGCUGAGAAGAUAACGGACUCAAAUAAAACAAGAAAGAGAGAUUUUCAGGUUGGAAAUAAGGUGCUAAAAGUUUCUGCGGCAGAUGGUGCUGCCUGCUCUUGUCUUGCCCGCCAUGAGCAUUCUGUUGGACAAAUUGAAGCCUCAAGGAGCAAGUUAUAUAAGAGAUCUGAUGUACAAUUCCCUAUUUAUGGUUGCACGGCACAAGGAUCUGAUUAUCACAGUAAAGAAUCAAACUUUCCAGAGAUGAAGAGUCCCCAUUUGUCAGGGAACCUGGAAGAAGUAUACCAGAACAGAAUAUUUCCUGGCCGUAGCUCUCUGCAGAAGUCUGAGGAAUAUAAGGAAAAUGAAAAUGGAGCUUCUCUCAACUCCAGCAGUUUAAUGGAGGAAAAGAAGAGAAGUAAAAGAAGAGGCGGGAAAAGACAUAAUCGUUGCAAAAAAGCUACUCCGCAGGAUUCUCCAUUGCCAACUACUGCUGAUACUUCUGGUUUGAUGCCAGUCGUUUCUGAGAACAAUACUUCAUGUCUUAAACCCAAGGGACAGAGGGAGAAUCAAGAUCAGAACAAGGUACCCAUAACUAACUUAGUUCCAGUGGAUACUGCAAAGAGAUCAGAAGCAUAUGGUGUAAAUUUGGAUAGCGACCCUGAAAAGAGGUGUGAAAGGGGAACUAGUAAUUUAGACGGCACCUUUGAAAAGAUGUGUGAGCUGGGAAAGAGUACUUUGGACUACACAAAUAUGGAGAGACAUGGUCUCCAAGAGCAAGACGCACUAUGUUCAUCAAACGAUCACAAUGCUAACUACCUGAGCCCUUCCCAUUUGGCCGAGGCAUAUAUGGAAAAGCUCAAACUUGUCUUUUCACCAGGGCGACCCUUUGGGUUUCCAAAGAAAAAGCUUCUCAUCUUAGAUCUUAAUGGUUUACUUGCGGAUAUCAAUGGUGACUACCACAAUGCUCACAUGGCUGAUGCCAAGGUUCGAGGAAAAUUAGUCUUCCGAAGGCCUUACUGUGAUGAUUUUCUCAACUUCUGUGCACUGAAUUUCGAGCUAGGAGUAUGGUCCUCAAGAAAAAAAGAAAAUGUUGCUUCGGUUGUUAGUAUCGUUAUGAGAGAUUUUAAACCACGCCUGCUAUUUUGUUGGGACAUGUCUAAAUGCACAUUUACUGGACACAAAACACUGGAGAACAUGCACAAACCAUUGGUUCUGAAGGAACUGAGGAAACUGUGGAAUAAGGAAGAUCCUGAUCUUCCAUGGGAAGAGGGGGACUAUUCAGCUUCGAAUACAUUACUUGUGGAUGAUUCUCCUUACAAAGCCCUGCGCAACCCUCCACAUACAGCAAUUUUUCCUCGCUCGUACAGUUAUUUGAACUGGAAUGACAAUUCACUGGGCCCCGGUGGAGACCUUCGCGUUUAUCUGCAGAACCUAGCUGCUGCAGAUGAUGUCGAGUGUUUUGUUCGUAAUAAUCCAUUCGGUCAACCCUUCAUCACCGAGAGCGACCCGCAUUGGAACUUCUAUGCUCAGAUUGCCAACAAAGGGAGCGCCCCCUUGACAUGUUGUGCUUGAACUCUCCUAUUCCUGGGAGUCCAGUGGUGAUCCAUGGUCACGGAUCAGGCUCUUAAGCUUUGUAUGUUGUGAUCUUCUUGAGGAGUGCUAGUUUGCUUGUAUCCCUGUACUGAGGAUUAUAGAGUUUUUGUAGUAUCAGUUUAUCUGUAGGCUAUCUCGAAUUGCUAGCAAUCUCUUCAUGUUUAUUCACUUGUCUUUCAUUUUCCUUUUAUGUCUGUCACCGCUACCGAUACCUCAACUAUCAAUGAUGCAGAAUUAGUUGCUUGCUCA